UCACGUAAGUGCAAAUUUCAAACAAACAAAGUUGCCAGGGAGACAAAGGAAAAACGGGGAAAUAAAGAAGAAAGGGACAGAAACGUUAGCUUAGCCCGUUCAAAAUAAUUUACGGUUGCACUGGUAGAUUAGAAGCAUAGUUCAAUACAGUCCUAAUUAAAAUAUCGCCACUGCCAUAUUCACAUUUCGAAUGUACUGUAUAUCCAUCCAUCAUGUAUCGCUUUUCCGGGUCGGGUCAGGUCAGGUCAGGCUUCCCUUUCCCCAGCCGCUUCUCGCAGCUCUCCCGGAGGGAUGCCGAGAGACGUGUCCCGGGGUCGUCCUCGGGGUCUCUUUCCCGUGCCCGGAACACCUCGGCGAUCCGGAUCAGAUGCCCCAGCAGCCUCCUCCCGGAUGAGCGAUGAGUCCGGCCGGAAACUCAUUUCGGCCACUUGUGAGAAGAUUUCGCCAUCUUUUCCGACAGAUCCCAAAGAAGAAAGACCAAAAGAGUUGUGGAAAGUCAAAGGUCAAAGGGCGGAAAUGUGGCCGCCCAGUUUGGAGCGAGAGCCGCUUGAAAAGAAGAAAGAAUGGCGCAAUUUCCAAGUCCUUGGACAUUGGCGAACGGCACGAGUAGCCCGAUGUUUGCCCUGCGAACUGAAGGACUCCACACAUGACGCAAUCUUUGCUGCGUUUUGACCGUCCAAACUUGCUCGUUAACACUGUUGACCUUUUGGGAUGAUGUUUCAUUUCCGAGGUCUCGCAUUUUUGGUGGACGAAAGGACGACUUUCUGGAGGCUUGGAGCAAAUCCAGCUCGGUCCGGCGUGCGUUGCCUGCCGCCGGGGCACCUUUUGAAAAAUACGUCGCACGUGAAAAUGCCACUUUCCAAACCGGUUCAAAGUGGCGAAAGGGAUUGUGGUCUUCCCUGGGGGGUGCGCACAUUUCUGCCAGGCCAGCUAUUUUGUCUGCUACUUUUGCGCUCGCCGUCGUCAUCUCACCGCACCGCACCGCACCGCACAAGCAUCUGCGGCGUGUUCCCAAAUGAUCACUUCGAAGUUGAAGUCUUGAGCCCUUACUGGACUCUUGCAUCCUUUCCUGCUUUGUGCCAGUCCUUAUUUAGUCUCCAAAGUAUUCUCGGUCAAAAUCGUGAUUCUUUUCUUUUGAGCGCGUCAAGAUGAAUUUUCAUUUUUCAGCGCCCACGAUCCAAACGAGGAAAAGUGUAAGUGUGUGUGUGUGUGUGUGUGGGGGGGGGGGGGAGAUGACGUCAGGGGAGCGUCCGAAUUGGACGCCAGAAGAUUGGACGAUCAACGGCGUCUCGCCCGGUUUGGGUGAAACAUCGGGAGCAUUUGGCUGGCGAGGUCUGUCCCCUCGUCUGUCUCCUCGUCCCCUUUCCACGCCCCCUCCCCUCUCCCCGCGAUCGGGUGCGUGCGGACAUGCUGCCGGUGUUGUCGUCGUCGACGAGGAAGAGGAGGAAGGGAUGAGGUUCCGAAAUGCGUCCUUCUUGACGCUGUCCCUGCUGGGCCUGUGCGGGCUGGCCUCGCUCUCCUGGUUCGCCGCCUUCAGCAGUUCGGGAGGAGGUAAGACGCCGUCGACGUCUGCAGGAGACGCGGUGGACUUCUACCAGCGGGAGUUCCUGGCGUUGAGGGAGCGCCUGCGCUCGGCCGAGCAGGAGAACCUGCGCCGCUCCAAAGAACUCAACCUGGUCCUGGAUGAGAUCAAGCGGGCCGUCGCAGAGAAACAAGCAUUGCGCGACAUCAACAGAACCUGGAGCAGCCUCUCGGAGGAGACCGGGAUGAAGUUGUGGAACGUCAGCGCCAGCAAGAACUUCCUCCAGCUCCCGUCCGUCCUCCAUCAUCUUCCUCACCUCGGCGACAGCGAAGACGGCCUGCUGCCCGCCGUCCACGUGGGACAAGGACGUGCCGGAGUUUCCAUAGUGAUGGGCGUUCCCAGCGUGAGGCGGGAGGUCCGCUCGUACUUGACGGACACGCUCGGCUCGCUCGUGUCGCAGCUCAGCGCCGCCGAGAAGGACGACUGCGUCAUCGUUGUCCUCGUCGCGGAGGCAGACCGUCAGUACGCCUUGAGCGUGGCCGACAACCUGAAGCUCCUUCCAUUUUUUUUUUUUGUUUGCGGGAGCGCUCGGCCUUCCCGCGUCCUUCCCCCGGCGUCGUCCGUCGGAGCAAAGACGGCGUUUGUCGCGUUUGUCGUCAGCUUCCCGUCGGAGAUCCGCUCGGGCCUGCUGGAGGUGGUGUCGCCGUCCGUCCACUUCUACCCGGACUUGUCGCACCUCCGUGAAUCUUUUGGAGACCCCAAGGAGCGAGUCAGGUGGCGCAGCAAGCAGAAUCUGGACUACUGCUUCCUCAUGAUGUACGCCCGCACCAAAGGGACGUACUACGUGCAGCUGGAGGACGACAUCGUGGCGCGACCCGCCUACUUGGGCACCAUGAAGAAGUUUGCCCUGCAGCAGCCCUCCGACGACUGGCUGAUUCUGGAAUUCUCGCAGCUGGGCUUCAUCGGAAAGAUGUUCAAGACUUCGGACCUGUCCCUGAUCGUGGAGUUCGUGUUGAUGUUCUACAAGGACAAACCCAUCGACUGGCUGCUGGAUCACAUCAUGUGGGUCAAAGUGUGCAACCCGGAGAAGGACGCGAAACACUGCGACCGGCAAAAAGCCAACCUGAGGGUCCGCUUCAAGCCGUCUCUCUUCCAACACGUGGGGACGCACUCGUCGCUGGCGGGCAAAAUCCAGAAACUGAAGGUGAGCCGCGCCUCGACGUCUGCGCCGCUGCCGCCGACGCCGACGCCGUUUCGCCUUCAGGACAAGGACUUCGGGAAGCAGAAGGGCCACGCCAACCCGCCGGCCGAGGUCACCACCAGCCUGAAGACGUACCAGCACUUCACCCUGGAGAAGGCCUACCUUGGCGAGGACUUCUUCUGGGCCUUCACGCCCGCGGCGGGCGACUUCAUCCGGAUACGCUUCUUCACGCCCGUGCGCGUCGAGAGAUAUUUUUUCCGAAGCGGGAACUUGGAGCACGCGGGAGACAAACUGCUCAACACGUCCGUGGAGGUUCUCCCGUUCGAUAACUUUCAGGCGGACAGACGAGCUUUGACGGAGGGGAAGGACAAAAGCCUCAAGUACCAUCGCACGCAAGACGGCUUCAUCCGAAUUGGUAUGUUCCGGAAAGGCAUCGCAGAGGGGGAAGUGGAUCCCGCGUUCGGACCCUUGGAGGCCAUGCGCCUCACCGUCAUCGCAGACUCUCCGGUUUGGAUCAUUCUCAAUUUUCAUCAAGAAAGCAGAGUGAAGAGUGGUUCCGUCCGACUCUACUGGGCCACAGCGCUGCCCGCUGGUCACACUGUGCAACUACAGGUAGAAAAUUCAAAAAAAAAAAAAAAACAAAACAAAACUCAAGACGCUUGGCAGGAAGAUGAGGUCACGUCAAACGCGCCGACGCUUGAGAGGCGACGGAAGGACCGGGGCCUGAUGAAGAUGAGGAUGGUGAUGAAGAAGGUGCUGCUUUCGAGGCCCGAAGCCCCCUCGGCCGCCGCACGUACCCCCAAUUCGAUCCUUGGCCGCGACCUCCGUCAGCUCGACGGAAGGAGGCGACUUCCUGUGCGGCUGGCCGACGGACACGCAGACGAACGGACGUUUCCCCCCGCAAUAGCGAAGGAGCGCGAGAGCUCACGACGUCCGUUCCCAUCACGUGACGGCGAGGCACAGCGUUCGGGAAGGACGCCGCUUUCAACAAACGCUUUGCUGUGCGCGACUUUGUACUCUGACCCGAUCCCGGACUCACUUAGGAUCAAGAAUUACGACACCUGAGAGAGGGACUUUUCUCUACUGGACAUUUUUCUACUCUUGUGUCACAUCCAGUUUCUUGUCAUAUCAAUAACUGAUAAAGGGAUACAUUCUUCAAAGAAUCACCAACAAUUUGUAUCUCUUUUCUUUCUUUCUUUCAUUCAUUCUGGCUUCUCGUCCGAUGAAUUGGCUUUGGAGACAAAAUGUUUUCUAAAAACCCUUCUCAACACAGAUUCAAAGAGAGUCGCCACAAAUCAGAUGAUGACAACAACAGUGAGGUGAUUGAACAGCAAGGAAGGAAGGAAGCCCGGGUGGCACAUGCCGCCGUCAGCGAUGCCGUGCACCUUACGGAGAAGAGUCACGCUGGCUGCUGAGAGCCGAGAUGGACUGAUGCAGAAGGAAAGAAGGAAGGUCGCUAGCUGAGCUCCAAGUUGUUGUUGGUUUUUUUUUAAUCUCUUCACCUUUCCUACUGUAAAAUACAUAACGCACAUACUGCUUCGGUGAAUGUGCCGAGUGGACGUGAAUCUCAGGGAUGGCUCAUUAAUGGCACGAGGAAGCACUUCAAUUAUUUCAUGAAAGGGAGCGAUUCGGUCGUAGCCAUCACUAGUUUUCUCGGUACAAGUGACACAUUCAAUACGGCGCGUGCACUGUUACGACCCCGAGCAAUAGCCAACACGUUCUACAAAGCCAAGCACGUUCUGUGUCUGGGCGCUGAAUUUCGAAUGGACCCAAACCCGAAGAAUAGUGACAAACUAAAUAUAGUUGGAUCGGUCCGUCACGACGGGGAGCACUUUUGGCCCCUUAGGCAGGCUGAAGCUCCCGAGCGGGGAAAAGAGGACAGCGCUGAGCAUUCGCCAAAUUCGUUCUUCGACUUUGUAUUUCCAAAUAAAUUGUUCAACUUUC